CACAGGAACGGGUUAAAAGAAUCAGAACUGAGCAUUUUACCACAGGGUAAUAAAAAUAAACAGUCAAACAAAUACUGUAUAUUUGUUGCACACACCCCCCUUUUCACCCUGUGAAAGUUUUCUGCAUGAGCCACCACACUUACCACAGUUGUGCCAUUUGUUAAAAAAAACUUGUGAGGAAGCAAACACAAAAACAAAAUCCAUCAACUAUGUGAAAAAGAAAACGUGAAUUAUGGUCGCGAAUGUCAAGCAAAGCAUUGAAUAGCCAAAAAUCGAUGUAAAAUCUGCCCUUUGGUAAUUGCAAUUUCACAGAAGAUGCACAGAUAUCGCAAGAGCAUUCGUAAGCUGUGAUGAAUGUGGAAGUGCGUGAUAUGUUUCCACUCCAGAAGACUCUUCAGGCUGUUGGAUACACAUAUAUCCGUGCAUCUAAGCAUUAGUAAAGAUGACUGAAUGGUUUCCACUAAAGAGAAAAACAGAUCCUUCACGUUGGUUUCAGUUGAAUUUAGGCAGAUCAGUUAGUUAAAAGAGCACACCACAGAUGCCUGGUCUCGCACUCUUAAAACCAUCAAGGAAGGAAAUGACUCAAAGAGUUUGAGUGUCACAAAGAUUAAAUGGAACAAACAACAGAGGAACUUUCACCAUUUGUACAGAUACUCAAACUUGAGAAAUGACAAACCGUAGCUGUAACCUGACCGACUACAUGGUGCUGAACCAAGCCGAAAAAGUGGCCAUCGGCACAAUCUGUCUCCUCGCUGUACCCUUCAUCCUCCUAGCAAAUAUUCUCGUUCUGGUGGUGAUAGUUUGUUCAUCGAACCUGCGGCAACAUCCAUCAUACCUGUUUAUGGGCAACUUGGCACUGGCUGACACAAUCGCUUGCUGUUUUUUUACCGCUAUCUUCCUGAGUUUCCACCUCCUUAAUCCGGACAACUCCUCGGACAGCUACCUCUUCCAACUGGGUGGCGUGACGGUGGCGUUCACGAGCUCAGUGGGGAGUCUGCUUCUGAUGGCAGUAGACCGCUAUCACAUCAUCUACAAGGCUUUCAACUAUAAAGUCCAGCUGAAACGAAGACAAGCUCUGGUAGGGACGGUGGCAUUAUGGGUUGUGGCGAUUUUCAUUGCCUUCCUUCCUCUGAUGGGCUGGAGAUGUGUGACCUGUCAAUCAUGUUCCAAACUGUUUCCUUACGUCGAUCGGUACUACCUGGCAUUUUGGGCCGUUCUGGUUCUGGCGGUGCUUGUGCUUAUUUUGGCUGCCUAUGGGGUCAUAGUCUGGAAGGCCCACCAACACGAUGUCCACAUGGACACGGAACAUCCAGGAAAAGCACGCAUGCGUGUGGAUAUUCAUUUGGCGAAGACUUUUAGCUUUAUUGUACUGACUCUGUUGGUAUGUUGGCUGCCUAUUCUUUCUUUCAUGAUGCUAGAUGUGGUUUCAGGGAGGAUUUCGAAAUGGCACAGAAGGGCGUUUGCUUUCUGCAGUCUGCUGUGUUUGGUGAACUCGGGCAUCAAUCCGCUGCUUUACACACUGCGUUGCCGCGAGCUGCGCGCUGCACUUGCUUCAUUGUGGGAUGGUUUACGGAGAUGGUGCGGUUUGUGCUGGAGCAACACCUCAUCCGAUUGAAAUUGAUUUAUAUAUAACCAAAGCCAUCCAAUAAAUUUCUGACCAAUAAACAGAACGCUACCUCACAUCUGAAACUUACCAAUGGUUUAUCAAUGGAUAACACAUUUUCUGUUUUUAAUUAUAGUAAAUAAUGUGUAAAAUAUAUAUAAAUACAUAUUUUAUAAUAGCAUAUACAAUGACAUUUUGAUUUUAUAU